AGUCCCGCGCCCUCUGAGGGCGGGGGAGCAAGUGUCGGGAGCCGGGCUCUUAGCGGAGCAGGGUCAUGAAGAAGAGGCGGCGGGGGCGUGGAGCUGCCGUCGCUGCCCGCCGGGCUGGUGGCGUGGCUGUGUGGGACCGGCGCCGUUCGUAACCCGCUCUCGGGGCAGCGGCUGGGGCUCGGGGCUGAGAGCGGCCGCGGGGCCGCCCCGGCCCCCGGGCUCCGCCAUGUUCCGAAGGGCACGGCUCAGCGUGAAGCCGAACGUCAGGCCCGGGGCUGGCGCCAGGGGCCCCGCCGCCCCCGCUGCCCAGCGCGGACAGGAGCCUCCCCGGCCGCCGGAGCCGGACGCGGCCGCGAAGCCGGCGGAGCCCGCAGAUGUGCCCCCGGCGGGGCUCGGGGCGCCGCAGCCCCAAGAAAAGGCUCCCAGGAGCAGUGAUGAAAAGCCUGAUGGUGAGAAUGAUGUUGAAGAACCCAGUAAAUGUUCCCCUACUGUUUCACAGAGAAGAAAGCGAAUAUCAAGUACUCCUACUGUGGUUAAGCCUAGUGUCAGCGUUCCUUCAGAACCUCAUCCAUUGGAGAUACCAGUUAAUCAAGCAGUUCCACAGCCAAACUCUGUUCCAACGAAAGAGAAACAGCCAUGCUCAGACAGAUAUCGAAUAUAUAAAGCCCAGAAACUGAGAGAAAUGUUAAAAGAAGAAUUGCGAAAAGAGAAGAAGCAAUGGAAAACCAAGUGUGCCGUAAAUGAAAAUCAGAGGCCACCAGAUCGUUCAAAAAUGACUAUGAGAGACUUCAUAUAUUACCUGCCAGAUAACAAUCCAAUGACUUCUUCACUGGAGCAAGAAAAGAAAAAUGAAAAAUCAUUGACACCAGUCCAGACAAGAGAGCAAGAAGGUAAGAGUACUCCUGAUGCUGGAGAUGAUGACCAAGUACAGGAGGAGGUGGACGAAGGGCCAUUACUGGUUCCUCGAGUAAAGGUGGCAGAAGAUGGUUCUAUUAUUUUGGAUGAAGAAAGUUUAACUGUAGAAGUUUUAAGGACAAAAGGCCCCUGUGUUGUUGAGGAAAAUGAUCCCAUAUUUGAGCGUGGUUCUACAACUACAUAUUCCAGCUUUAGGAAAAGCUAUUACUCUAAACCUUGGUCAAAUAAAGAAACAGAUAUGUUUUUUUUAGCCAUCAGCAUGGUAGGAACUGACUUUUCUAUGAUUGGACAGCUUUUUCCUCACAGAGCAAGGAUAGAAAUUAAGAAUAAAUUUAAACGUGAAGAGAAAACAAAUGGAUGGAGAAUAGACAAAGCAUUCCAGGAAAAGCGCCCUUUUGACUUCGAUUUUUUUGCUCAUUUGCUUCAGAAAGUUCUUGCUGAAGAAGAGAAAAGAAAACAAAAAUCCGUUAAAAAUCAGAGUUUAAAGGAGAAGAAAUCCUCUAAACCACGAAAAAAUGUAAAAGCAAAAAAAGUUGCCAGUGAAGGAGUGAAUGAUGAUCCAGAUGAGUCUGUGAGCACUAGAAUUCCAGAUACAGAAGGAUCUCAAAAGGAUGCUCAGACAGUUGAAGAAGAACAACAGCCUCUGACUUUGUCAGAACAGGAUUCAGAGCAGAUUGCAUUAGAACCAAACUUAAAUCAAAAGAAAAGGAGAAGGAAGAAUCAGGAUGAAGUUGGUAAACAGGAAGUAAAAAAUCUUUCAGGAAAUGCCACUGUUCAACCAGGUCCUUCUAAAGGAGAAAAGCACAAAAAUAAACGUCAGUCUUCAAGGCCUGAGAUAAACGAAGAUGAAGGCAAUACGGAACAGAAGCUACCCUGCGCACAGAACGUAGAUGAGGUUGUGGGUUUAUCCUCCGGUGAAAAGGAUGAGGAGGAAACUGAGCCUGUCCUUUCCUCGAGUCAACAAGAUGCCAUGUCAGUAGCAACUGAGACUUCAGGAUCAAGCACUUUAGGUUUGCCUUUAUCAGAGGUGGGAAUCAGAGCACUGUGUGAGGUGCAUAAUGCUGAGAGCAGUUGUACAGAAGGGAGAACUGAUGACCUAAAAAAUAAAUCACUGGAAACUGAUCAAAGAGAAAAUAUUAAACCAGUGGGAAGAGGACGACUCCAGAGACCUAAACCCAAUUUAUCAAGAGCAGUUGGGAAGAAAUCAGUUGUUUCACGAGGUAAAACAGAUGCAGAGAGCGAGAGUUUACAGCCAGAAACUCCAGUUGAAAAGAAUCAUGUGGAAAAGGAUAAAAAGAACACAUUUGAUGUUUCUGGAACGGAGAGUGCAGAGAGAGAGAACCCAGAAGCUGAGACUGUAUCUAAUUCAAGUGAAAAAAUUUGUCUGCAGGAAGAUGAUCAACCAAAGGCUUUCAGACCUUCACGGCUAAUGAGGGGCCGAUUGCAGAGGCCAAAGCCAAAUGUCAGUAAAGCUGCUGAAAGAAAAGAAAUUCUUACAUCGCAGGAAAAUAUUGGGGCCAAUGUAGAAAAGAAUGAAAAUGAAUCCUGUGUUGACAGAGAUACUCCUGGACAAACAGAAGAUCAGUCAUGUAAAAGUGUUGAGUGUGAGGACACCACAUCACAGUCUGUGGAAAAAGAUCCUCCUUUUCAGAAUGUGCAGCCAGAUGAGCCCAAGGCUCUUCAUGAAUGUGUGAGUAUUCAAGAGGAUAAUGAAGCAAGUAUACUCAAACAAGUCCCAAUUCUAAAGACUCAAUAUCAGAAACCAAAGCCAAAUGUAGGCAGAGGGACUGGAACAGGAGAGAUUUUCUCAAAGGAAGAGGCGGUUCUUACCUCUGGGGAAAUGACAGCAGCUCUGGGAGAGAUUGCAAGACCGGAAACCUCACCAAGGGAGCAGGUACCAGUGGAGGCUGAUGCUGCUAAGGAGAUGGAGUCAGAUUCGAAAGAAACUGAAAGAAGAGGCAUCUCUUCCGGGGAGAAGAUACCAGAAAUGAUUGACAGCACUGUGGAGAUGGAGACAGGUUUGAAAGAAACUGGAAGAGGGGUUUCCCCAAGGGACAAGGUGCCGCAGGUGACUGAUGCCACGGAGGAAAGAGAGACAGAUUUGGCAGGAAGUGGAAGCGGAGAAACAUUCACACAAGAAGAGGCCCCAGAGGAGGUCAGCACUAUCGGUGACGUGGAGACGGGUUUGGAAGAAACUGGAAGAGGGGUGUCCCCGAGGGACAAGGUCCUGGUGGGGCUCAGUGCCGCAGGGGACAGGGAGGUGGAUUUGGAAGAACCUGGAAAAAGAGACACUUCCCUGACGGAAGAGGUCUCGGGAGAGAUGACUGCCGUUGAGGAAACCCAGGCAGGUUUGGAAGAAACUGGAAGAGGAAUUUCCUUGCAGAAAAGUGGAGCAGACGAGAUUAGUACUCCUGGGGAAAUAGUGGCAGGUGUGAAAACUACUGGAAACAUAGACAUUUCUCUAAGGGAAAAUGAACCAGAGGAGCCCGAAGCCUCAAGACACAUUGAGACAGAUUUAACGCAGAGCAGUCGUGCUGACGGCGGCACUCUGCCGUCACUAAAUCUCGAAAACAUUAGCAGUGAAGCCCUAUCCAUGGUGCAUACAUCUGUAGAAGAGGAAGGAAAUUAUGAAAAGGAAAGAUCAAGUCAGUUGAUUCAUUUGAAGACAUCUUCACAGACUUCUGAACUUGGUAAAACAGAAGACCAAGGGAUGCAAUCUCUAGAUGUUCCAGAGCAGUUUUCAGAUAUUAAUUUAAGCAAAUCUCUUCCUCAAGAACAGAAGCCAUUUGAAGUUAAACCAGCACCUUUUGUGAGAAGUCGAUUCAAAAGACCAAAGCCAAACUUAGCGAGAGCAGCUUUAAAGAGAGAGACUAUGGAAACAGGAACAUUUGUGCCUGGGAAGAAAUUGGAAACCAGUAAAAUGGAGACUGGUGUGAUGCAACAGAGCACAGAACAGACGAAUAUGCUCCCUUCUCAACACAAUGUGGCUUCCCUAAUGACAUCAAGAGGAAAAGACAAAUCAGGUCACAGGCAGGAGGAGGCUGUGAUAUUAUCAUGUGUGCAGACUGAAAAGGAGCUGUCACCGUCCAGUUUUUGUGAACCUACUGAGGAGUCUCAGUCCACACAAGCCCAGGAAAAGGAACUAGUUGUUUCCAUGGGGACUCAGAAUCUAAACGCUUUCCAACAAGAAAUGAAGGAAAGUGUCAUCCAAACUGCUCAACCAGUAAGGGGCCGACUUCAGAGACCCCGACCAAACAUAAGAAAGGCUGGACAGAGACAGAGAGUAGGAAAAGGUGAAGCCAACGGCAUAAUUAAGGAAGAAAGAACAGUACUACAAAAAGAUGAAAGUAAAAAGAAAUUCCCAACAGGGGCAAAUUCUCAAAUUGGAACUGAAAUUGAAGUUAUAUCCUCCAAAGUUUCAGAAGGCGGAAUGUAUGAAAAUCAGAGUCACGUGGCUCUUGUAGGAGACCUUCCUGUUAACAAAAUAAACGUUUUAGAUGAAAAGAUGAGACAUGAACAUAAAACGUGUGUUCCUAGUCCAGCACAAUUGAUAAGAAGGCAAUUCCAAAAGGCUAAGCCAAAUUUGGGAAGAGCACAUGGUGGGAAAGAAGCACCAGGUAUAGAAAGAGAUGGAGCAGAUCAGAGCAAGGCCAAGAAACUGGAAGAUAAUCUGCUGCAGCAGGGAGACUCUGACCCCCAGCUCCUUCAGAAAGAAAAAGCUGAGUUUCUGACAUCUCUGGAGGUUUCAGCAAGAAAAGAUUGUGUAGGUUCCAGAGAGGCUAGUUUGGCCAAAAAAGAUGCUCAAUCAUCAAGAAAUGUUGGGGAGAAUUCUAUAUCUUCAAUUGUUGAAGAGCAGCAUCUCAGUAAACUAACAAGCUGUCCACUGUUAAGAGAGUCAGAGUACUCUAAGAUUGCUCUGGAUCAAAGAACAGCUGUCUCUUCUGCCUCUGAGUGUGAGAAAGGCCGUAGUGAAAGGAGAAUGCGUCGGAAGAUCAAACCAAAUGUCACCAAAGGGCGCGGAUCAAAACGAACUCGGAGUAAGACCUCUAGGAAGGUACCUAGAGCUUCCAGGGCCACGCUGGUGACUCUUCGGGCUUCCCAGGAGGAAGACGAAGAUGACGCCGAAGACUUUGAGUGUGACUAUGAGGAAGAAAGCUGUCAUCUCGCUCCGGAGGAAGUCAACAAAGCUCCAGUGUUUGUCCCUGUGGGUCUCAGGUCUCCCGAGCCUGUCUCUGCUCAGAUCGAGGAAACCAUGGAAGAGCUUGAAAUAACCGUGAAUGUCCCAGAUGUCGGAUGCAUAGCUGUUGUUGAACAUCAGCUCUUAAACACAGAUGCAACUACUCAGGAAAUGGAACAAGAAGGAAAUUUGAACGCAUUAUCUGAAAUGACCACAGGUGAACAUACCCCAGAUGAAACAGGUACCAACGAUGGAAGCACUGAAGCUGCCAUAACUUUACUUACAAUGGGAGAUUUAGUGCUGCAGUCGGAGAUCAGUACAGAACAGAGUAAAGUAGGAGUAUGUGUACUUCCUGAUGUUCAUUCAAAGGAUAAAAGCCAUCUUCCUUUUAGCCCAGAUAAUGUAGAUCAUAGAAUUGUUUGUGAAUGUCAGCAGCUUCCUUCACCUAUCAAUAGCACAUCUCCUCCAUCAUUAGAAGAAAACAAGAUUGUAUUGGAGGAACAAAGUACUAAAGAAGAAAGUGGUUUAAUGGAGAAAGUGGAGGAAAACGCCGUGUUGGCCAGGAAUACAACUUCUGAAGUGACCAAUAAUUUGAGAAUGAGAAGUAGAUUUGCCGAGACUAAACCAGAUCUUAAGAUUUUAGGGACCAAUAGGUUUGGUGCUCAUCAGGAAGUUCCCAGUUUGUUUGUAACUAAAGCAGAAGAAGUGGACGUUCAAAGAGAAACUGAGAAAAAUGCUUCUAAGGCAACAGAAUUAGGAGAUAAAAACCUUGGAUCAGUUACAACAGCAGAGAGUAAGGAGCAGAGCAAAUUGGCAUGGGUACAUGGUAUUGAAGAGGCCAGUAUUUCAAAAGAAGCAGAGCUAACUGGAAGAAAUGAAGAUCAAGAAGAGGGGCCUCACGAGGGUCAGAUACUGUCAGUUGCUGCAGUUGUUUCCUCCGAGCCAAGGCCCCACACGCUUGGCUCGGGGGGAGGUCUCAGUGCGAGUUCUGUGGAAGAGCCCCUGAGAAAGGACUCGGAUGGAGACAGUGUGCUUACACUUCACGUGCCGCAGUGUACACCAGCUAGUGUUCCAGAAGUCCAACAAGAAAAUGUGAUCAGCACUCAAGACCUAACAGUGAAUCUGGUUGCUAACGUACAUCAAAAUGAUGAGGAUGAACAAGCGUUCAUUUUAACUCUGGUGGAAAUUCCAACCAGUGCAGUAGAAGAAUUUACUGAUACCGCCGCACAGUUAACGCCAAGCCCUCUACUGCCAGCGCCCAUAUUGGUCAAAUCAGUGAGCACAGAAGAAAGGGGCGACACGAGUAUGAGUUUUCCAGUAACUUCAAUUGGUCAGAACGCCAUGUGUUUAUCAAAUUCUGGAAGAGACAAUUCUGAAAAACCUCCUGCUAAUUUGGAUCUUAUAUCUAGGAAGAGACUUCAUUGUAGGCUUGAUGAAAGUGACCAUGUUCCUCCUGCCAAAAAAAAUUCACUCACUUCAAGAGACAGUUUUCAAAAAUAUACCUCCGAGGUGUGUUCAAAGGAAUUAAUUAAUGUUUUUGAGGAAACAGGGGAGCCUUCCGGGGGACAAGAUGUCUUCCCUCCCUCAGGAAGCACACAUACAACUCCAGAACCUCAGAAAGAGCAACUUGAACCAGCUUUUCAGAGUCUAGAAUCUAGAUCUCUUGAUAAAAUAACAGACACACAUAUUGAAAAGAAUACCCCUCAGUUACCUCAGGCUGAGAUGAUUGUGUCUGAUAAGGAAGAAAGAACUUGUGCUGCUUCUAAUUCUGAACAAAUGGACAGCAUCACAUCAUCUUCAAAAACCCGACUCUCCAGACCUGGCAGAAGACCCCUGGGAUUUUUGUCUUUAAUAUGUUCAAAGAAUAGUUUGGAGUCUGAUGAACCUACUCAGGUUCAUAGUAAGAAACGCCUAAAACCUGUUAUACCUGUGUCAAGAGAGAAAUUGAGAAGGUCGAAUCCACUCAGUGAAAGCCAGAAAAAACUUCAGGAGUCCUCUGCUCUGCCUCCAUCCCCCAGUGUUGUCAGUGCUCCAUCUGAGAGUGUCGGCAGUUCAGCCGCUCAGGUUUCUUGUGAUCACCCCUUGCCCAAAGAAGAAUGUAAAAGUGGCCAAAGCCGGGCACCUGAAGGGGAGCCAACCACAGUCUCUGAGUAUUUCUUUAGUGACAUCUUCAUCGAAGUGGAUGAAACAGAAUAAAAGUCUUUUUU